UAACACUCAUCACUCCAAAGGCGCCAAACAGAGUAAGCAAGGCAAGGCCACACUUCUUCUGCUUCUAGAAUGCCGAUUGCUCCUUCCUUGUUAUCACCAUCUUCCUCCGUCUCUCACUUUCUUCCUAGACUCCCCAACGCCACUAGACUCAAUGUAGCCUCCCGGAGCAGAGUCGCCACCGUCGUGGCGUCAUCCGUCACCGACCUAGCCGGCGUGGACAGCACGACCAUCGCCGUACUCGGAGGCGGAUCCGUCGCAGCUCUGGCGACGAUCGUUUCGCUGACGGAUCCGGAGAGGAGGCGGAAGCUGCAGGCGGAGGAAGUCGGAGGAGGAGACAAGGAGGUGGUGAGGGAGUAUUUCAACAGCACGGGGUUCGAGCGGUGGAGGAAGAUCUACGGAGAGACUGACGAAGUGAACCGCGUGCAGAAGGAUAUUCGAGUCGGCCACGCUAAGACGGUGGAGAAAACGAUGCUUAUGCUUACGGAGGAAGGAUCGUUGGCUGGUGUCACGGUGUGCGACGCUGGAUGUGGAACCGGUUUGCUCUCGAUACCGCUUGCUAAGGAAGGGGCGAUCGUCUCUGCUAGUGAUAUUUCUGCAGCUAUGGUUGCAGAAGCUGAGAUGAAGGCAAAGCAGCAGCUAGGAGGAGAGAAUCUACCAAGAUUUGAAGUGAAUGAUCUAGAGAGCCUUAGCGGGAAGUAUAACACAGUGGUGUGCCUAGACGUGCUGAUACAUUACCCUCAGAACAAAGCAGACGGGAUGAUCGCACACCUGGCUUCUUUAGCAGAGAAGAGAGUGAUUCUGAGUUUUGCACCAAAGACAUUCUACUAUGAUAUCUUGAAGAGGAUUGGAGAACUUUUUCCAGGUCCUUCAAAGGCUACAAGGGCUUAUCUACACGCAGAAGCGGAUGUAGAAAGAGCAUUGGGUAAGGUUGGCUGGAAAAUCAGCAAGAGAGGACUCAUUACCACCCAGUUUUAUUUUUCAAGGCUCAUUGAAGCUGUUCCCAUGUAGGUAGGUCAUUCUUGUUCAUAUGCUGAUGAUUCUUUAGUGAUGGAUAAGGAACUAUGCCGUCAGGGCAAAACUUACUCAAGAGAUUUUCACAA